AUGGGGAAGAGAAAAGGAAAGAAAGAGAGACGGAGAGAGAGAGAGGGAGAGCGACUUGUUCUUCAGCACCAUGACGUCUGCUGUCCCUCCCAAGAGGAUGGUGUCCUCUGUCUUCAUCACUCUGGCGUCUCCGUACAGAGCCACAGUCACGCCCACGCUGUCUCCGUCACAGCACUCAGCCGUCCCCAUCAGUCCCACCGCUGCACACAGAAAGCCCUCCACCUCCUCCAUCCCCUCCUUCACCUCCACUACCCCCACUAUACCCCCACCUCAUCCCUCCCCCAUUAUACCCCCACCUCCUCCACCUCUGCCCCACAGUCAGGACGCACUGUCUCUCCUGCUGAGACUCAGCCGAGUCCUCUAGAGCAGCGGAAAACACACAACAAACCCGACUCUACACACACUCCAUACAGAGUGGGAAAGAGAGAGGAGAAACGUGUCGAGGAGUUUUUCCCUCCUCCUCCAUCUGUGUCUCUAGACUCUGGUGUGUCUGAAAUCCCGCCCCUUCCUCCUGCCCCUCUACCACCCACCUGCCCUUCGUCUGACCCCACACACAAACCUCCAGCCUCUGCACAUGAAGUGUGUGUGGAGAGAGCGCCCCCUGCUGAUCAUGCUCACAACCAGCCCACUGCACAGCUUCACAAUCAGGAGGGGAUUAUACCUGAUGUGUGUGGGUUCUGUCGUAAGCCCGUGGUCCUGAAUGAGUCGGCGAUCGAGGCAUUGAACAGGACGUACCACAGCAGCUGCUUCCAGUGUCGUCAGUGUCACACUGCUCUCGCCGGGAAACUCUACUACAACAAGGCCGGGAUCCCUCUGUGUGAGGACUGCUACCAGGCCAGUCUGGAGCCGUGCUGGGCGUGUGGUGACGUCAUCAAAGAUCACGUGAUCCGAGCGCUGGAGCGAGCCUAUCACCCGCCAUGCUUCGUCUGCACCACCUGCAGGCAGCCAAUCGGAGAGCAGCGUUUUGCACAGGGGGAGGUGGGGGAGGUGUACUGCCUGCAUGACUAUUACAGGAAAUAUGCACCCCAGUGCAAUGUGUGUGGAGAGAUGAUAAUCCCGAGAGAGGACGGGACGGACAGCUACACUGUCGAGUGUCUCGGGCGCUGUUUCCACGAGGACUGCUACCGCUGUGAGCUGUGUGCGAUGCUGCUCUCCCCAGAGCCCAAUGAACACGGCUGCCAUCCUCUGGACGGACAGAUCCUGUGCAAACCCUGUCAUCUGUCUCUGAUCCCCACAGCCCAGCACUGAUCCUGCAGCUUCACACUAAAGCAUGCAAACACACAACAUCAACAACAACACACACACAACAACAACAACACAAACUGCUCAAAUUAACGUGAGUUUUGUUGUCAUUAUGUGGUUGGUGUGUAAAUUAAGUGACUCUAUCCAUAUUAGAGACCAUUAUAUGUAAUCUCUCCAAGCAGCUAGCUCGCUAAUCACUUUGCUUUCCAAUACACAAUUACAUGCACUUCACUGUGUACACUGGCGUUUGGGACACAGCCCAGUGGAGCUAUGAUUCCACAUUACGGAAAAAAAAUCACACUGCUCUGAUUUAACCCGAUGGUUUCACCAAAGAUGGAAUGUACCAAAUGUCCACAGACUGAGACCUGAUACUCAUCUGGGUUUUAGAGGCUAAUAGCUUUAGCAUUAUCAGUUUAGCAUCCCUGAUGCAAACCAUACAAAACAAACACAUCACACGAUAAUCAACAUUCAUGUGAAAAACGGUUUGUUGUUUUCGUUCUGAAAACUAAUUUGGGAGAAAACAAAAAGCUGAACUCUUUUUUUUCUUAUUUUAAAUCAAUUUAACUUCAAUAUUAGCAUCUGUUUUAAUAUUUACUCUUUAAUUUUACUCUUUUCAUUUUAUAGAUGAUGUAACAGCACAUAUAUCAGACAUAUCCUGUGUAAUUGGAUUUGUUUUUGCACUCUUUGCAUCAUUCAGUGCACCAAAGAUAUUUAUUCCACAUUAAACACCAUUUCACUGUU